AUAAACAACCUCCGGGGGAGGGGGUAAGAAGAUCGGGAAAGUAGGCACGGAGCAGUUUCCAACCACUGGGGCGAAAGGGAGCGCCUUCUGGGGAAACAAACGCUGCCCAAAUCAUUGAGUUCGGAGCCCAAUGUUUACAGAGGUUCGGAGCGCGCCUCCCCAGCUUCGCCUGAGUUGAGGAAGGGUAGACAAGGGAAAGGGGGCGACGGCGGGACCGAGAGCAGCUCAGUCGGCGGGUGGGACGCUGCGCCGGGAGACUCCGGCAGGAGGGAAAGUGGACCCCCGCGAGCGGCGAGUGCGGGGAAGGAGAGAAAGCAUCGGACAAAAAGCCCACGCCAGCGGAGGCGGUAAGGGAGCGAGACUCCGCGGAGACGGAGAAGGCGCUGCAUGGACAGCAUGCGUUUUGCCGGAGUCCCCGAAGCGGGGUCCGCGGGUAACUCCAGCCGGUGGUGGCCUCUGGCCACCAGAGGGGCUAAUGCUAGCCGGGAAACGGAGGCGCUCGGGGAAGGUGGAGGUCCCCAGAGGGACGUGCGCAAUGAGGAGCUGGCCAAACUGGAGAUCGCUGUGCUGGCCGUGACUUUCGUGGUGGCCGUGCUGGGUAACAGUAGUGUCUUGCUGGCGCUGCACCGCACGCCUCGCAAGACGUCCCGUAUGCACCUUUUCAUCCGUCACCUCAGCCUGGCCGACCUGGCCGUCGCUUUUCUCCAGGUGCUGCCGCAGCUGUGCUGGGACAUCACCUACCGUUUCCGAGGACCCGACGGGCUGUGCCGUGUGGUGAAGCACCUGCAGGUGUUCGUCAUGUUUGUGUCGGCUUACAUGCUGGUGGUCAUGACCGCCGACCGCUACAUCGCCGUGUGCCACCCGCUGAAGACGUUGCAGCAGCCGGCGCGCCGCUCGCGCCUCAUGAUCGCUGCUGCCUGGGUGCUCAGCUUUGUGCUGAGCACGCCGCAGUAUUUCGUCUUCUCCAUGGUCGAGGUGAACAACGUCACCAAGGCCUACGACUGCUGGGCCACCUUCAUCCAGCCCUGGGGUUCCCGCGCCUACGUAACCUGGAUGACCGGCAGCAUCUUCGUGGCACCUGUGGUCAUCCUGGGCACCUGCUAUGGCUUCAUCUGCUACCACAUCUGGCGCAACGUCCGCGGGAAAACGGCGUCACGCCAAGGCAAGGGCGCCGAGGGGGCCGGGGGCGCUUUUCACAACGGACUUCUGCUCGAGCCCUGUGUCAGCAGCGUGAAGACCAUUUCCCGCGCCAAGAUCCGCACGGUGAAGAUGACUUUCGUGAUCGUGACGGCUUACAUCGUUUGCUGGGCGCCCUUCUUCAUCAUCCAGAUGUGGUCUGUCUGGGAUGAGAAAUUCGCCUGGAUCGAGUCGGAAAACCCGGCCAUCACCAUCACUGCAUUACUGGCUUCCUUGAAUAGUUGCUGCAACCCCUGGAUAUACAUGUUUUUUAGUGGCCACCUUCUGCAAGACUGUGUCCAAAGUUUCCCAUGCUGCCAAAACAUGAAGCCAACAUUCAAUAAAGAAGAUUCUGACAGUGUGAGCAGAAGACAGACUUCUUACACUAACAACCGAAGCCCGACAAACAGUGUGGGCACUUGGAAGGACUCACCUAAAUCUUCCAAGUCCAUCAAAUUUAUUCCUGUUUCAACCUGAGCCCCUCAUUCAUGCAGCCUGACCUUUGUAACAGACUUUCUGGACUGUUGGCUGAAUCCAGCUAGAAAUCAUGUGAACAAAUGAACUAUAUAUAUGACAUAAGCGUAAAUCAAUUCAUUGGGUACAAGACUGUGUUUCUAGUUGCAUUUUCACAUUGCUAUGACCAAAAGCUAUGAAUUGUUUUAUACAGAAUGUUAAUAAAAACAUACUACACUGAAA